UGUUAGUCCCUGUGACUACCACGGGGUGGCAGCACAAUGGCGGCGCCCAUUCUUUGAAUCGCGUUUUUGAAUCGCAAACACUGCAAUCAUCUGGCUACCUUGUGCAAACGAUGUAAAUUCAUUGAUAGCAAAUAAGGAAGCACUGAAGUAAACCGUCGCGGUAACUUUGAAGAAAAUGAUCAGGAUUUUACAAAGUAGCUGUUCAAGUGGUGCAUCUUGCAGCUAAUCAUUUAAAAUUUUUGUACCGUUGAGAGCACACGAUGGAGAAAACUGCAAAGCGAGAAGGCCGAGAGGCCAUCGCGGUUCGUUCGUCCAAGCUCAGUCAUCUUGUGUUAGGCAGAGGGAGCGUUGCUCUCACCAACAAGCACCUCGUGAGCCGCGACAGCCUCCUCGAUGCCUUGCUUACCCUCUAUGAAGAAUGCAACACUGAGCAGUUAAAGAAAGAAAAGAAUGUGUCCCUCUUCCUCGACAAAUAUCGACAGGUUGUGGCUGAGCUCCGCCAACUCCGAGUCAGCAUAGCUGAUUUUGAAGUGAAGAAAAUAAUUGGGCGAGGCCAUUUUGGUGAGGUACAGAUGGUGAAGGAAAGAGCAACAGGAGAUACCUACGCCAUGAAGGUUUUGCGUAAGGCUGACACGUUAUCUCAACAAAACGUGGCGUUCUACGAAGAGGAACGAGAUAUCCUUGCUCGUGCAUCUCAGGGAGGGCCAUGGCUAACAAAAUUGCAAUACGCGUUUCAAGAUUCCUCUCACCUGUACAUGGUGAUGGAGUUUCUGCCAGGCGGGGACCUGUUGGGUCUGCUCGAUCGCCACGAUAACAUCCUGCCAGAAGAAAUAGCGCGGUUUUACCUGGCCGAGAUUACUCUAGCGGUUCAUGCGCUUCACUCUCUUGGCUACGUUCACAGGGAUGUCAAGCCAGAUAACAUAUUGAUCGACAGGACUGGACACAUAAAAUUGGCAGAUUUUGGGUCGGCUGCUAAGUUGACUUCGAAGAUGUCUGUGUGCAGCCGUAUGCCAGUCGGAACACCGGAUUACAUAGCACCCGAAGUUCUGCGAGCCAUGGAUGUGGGACCGGGAUCCACGGCUACCUAUGGCAUGGGUUGCGAUUGGUGGUCUCUUGGGGUGGUCGCGUACGAGAUCCUUUUUGGACAGCUGCCCUUCUCGGAUGACAGGACCCUCAUCACAUACAAUAACAUCAUGAAUUUCAAGAAAAGCUUGAAAUUCCCGGAGGAUCCUGAUGUGUCAGAGUCUGCUGUUGGCCUCAUGAAGGGUCUUCUUGAUUCGGCGGAUAAACGUUUGUCAUACGAUGAGAUCUGUCAGCAUCCGUUUUUUGCCAAUGUCAACUGGAACGAAAUACGGAAAACUGUUCCACCAUUUGUACCAAAUUUGGAUGGAGCAGACGACACCUCAAAUUUCGAUGACUUCAAGCAGGAGGGUCCACGACCUAGACCUGUUGGCCUGAGGGAUCAUAAAAAGAGCUUUGAUGGUGCAAACCUACCAUUCGUAGGCUUUACGCAUACCAUGACAGCUACGGGUACAAUGACCCUCAACAGGACAGCAAGUCUGCUCGACGUAUCUUCGCCACUGAGAACUUCCUUUGUGGACAGCGACGCUAACAGAAAACGACAGGAGGAGCUGCAGGAUCAAAUCGCGGUUCUCACUGAGAAAGAAGAGCGUCUCCGCCAGGAGUCCCAUGGUGCUCAAGCUCGCCUCAAGGAAAGCGUCAACCAAGUGGCAAUGUUGGAAAGUGAGCUGGCAACGGUGGAAAAAGAAGUGGCUGACCUCAGAUCGGACAACCAGAACUUGAACAGCCUUUUGAGCAUCGAACGAAAAAAGAGGGUCCUGUCAGAGGAAAAUGCUCUGCAGCUGCUUGAAGCGAUUAAGAGGAAGUACAGAAGGCAGGACGAACUUCUGCGCAGUGGGUGUCUCUUCUCUGGUGCGUUUGCCGCUGCAAGUCAAGAAACCCAUGGGGAAGACGGUGCGGAUGCUGCGGGGUCCGACACUGCUGCUCUGCAGGAGCAACUGACGAAGCUUGACCACGAAUUGUCUGCUCAGAAAAAAAUGUGUUCCAAGUACAGGGAGCAAUUGAACUUGGUCCUUGCAGAAGGGAGCGUGCAAGAAGUGAAGAUGAAACAGAAGAACAGUGCUGAGUAUGUCGAAGCAUUAAAGAAACAAGCAGCCGACGCACUGGAAAAGCAACAACUUGCUGAAGAACAGCUCACUCAGGGCUUCAAGCACAUCCAGGACCUUAAGGAUGAAAAUGCUAACUUAAAACAGCAGCUGGAAUCAUCCAGAAACGAGAAUGGGAAACUGGUUGAACAUCGUGCAGCAUCUGCAAGCAAACCUGCCUUGAUGCAGGAUGCAAAUGGAAAUUGCGCAGAAGAGAACUUGUUCAGGGGACAGCAGGACCUGUCCAAUUUGGAGCUUAGUAGAGAAAUAGAACGUCUACGCUCAGUUGUCUCGUGUUUGGAAAGAACAUCUCAGAGUGCAAGACCUCCACACUUUGCUGCCUGUGGGGAUGCUGGUUUGGGUCCUGAAGAGCGUGAACGUGAAAUCCACCGAGUGCGUGACCUGGAUAUGGUUAACAGUUACAUACAAGAAAUCGAACAGCUGAAGUCGGAAAUCAAGACACUAAAGGAACAGGUGACUUCACUAACCGAUGCUGCAUCAAAGACGGAUGACGAGAAGUCCAAAAUGGUUGCACCUGAAGUGGUUGCUGCUUUAGAAAGGGAGCUCUCAAAAACAAAGGAGUUCCUGGCAACUUCCCGAAGAAGGUGUGCCGAUGUGCAGCAGCAGUUAGGAAAACACGAAGAUCAACUUUCCAAAGCCCAAAUGGAGAGCCGCAUCGCCCAGAGGGAAUCUGCACGAGCGAAGGAUUCUGAACGUGUUCUUAGGGAGAAAGCAUCGGUCUUGGAAAAGGAAGUGGACCAAGCAAAAGCAAAUGAGCGCACACUGCAAGACAAAGUUGCAAAUUUGGAAGACAAAGUUCAGCGAUAUGAACAGGAAAGUGCUGGAGCCAAGCUGACUUAUGAGACAGAACUGGCCAGGUUAGAAGAACGAGUCAGAAUGCUGUCGGAAAACUCUGGCACCACAAAAGAUCUGGCCGCUCAAUGUGUAUCAAAGUCUGACGAAUGUCGUGAUCUGUCACUCAAGUGUCAGAUGCUGCAAGGGGACCUGAAGGAGAAGACCAAUGAAUGUGGCAGAGCAGUUGAGAGCAUGAAGGCUGUGAAGGAAGAGCUGGCAAACGAACAAGCAAAGACACACAGAAUGCUUACGAUACUGGAGUCACUCAAGAGCUCGUGUGAAGUGCUGGAGGACCAAGUUAACACAUAUGAAGAACUUCUUAAACAAGCACAGCAAAAAAAUGCAGCAGCAGAUGCUGAAAGGGCUGCACGUGAAGACAUCGUUUGUUCUUUGAAUCAUAAAAUUGAAGAACUAGAGGAGAUGCAUCUGAAGGAGCGUUCUGCAAGGAUGCGUGCAGAGGAACAUCUGGCAGAAUAUGCGUCCGAGCAGGAAUCUCACGUCCUAGAAACUGAAGAAGAAAUGGGCUCCUUAAGAAAACAGCUGGAGCAGAAGGAAGCUAUGCUGCAGGAAAUGAGCAAGAAGAUAAAUGAGCUACAGAAGGAACUAGGAACCUUGGAAGCCUCUUUCAAGGCCUUGCGCCGUGCCAAUGCCUCAUUGCAGGAGGAGAAUACAGCAAUAAAAGAAGAGGCAUCCUGCCACAUGACUACAAUCGCAUCACUCAAGUCUAGCAACUUCAAGCUUAGUCACGAGUUAGAGGAAGCCAGUGCACAGCAGAAACGAGCCCUGGAGUGCAUUGAGCAACUUGAAGGCGAAUAUGACGGACAGAAGAGUCUUCAUGAGACAGAGAUGAUAAAACUGAAGCAGACGCUUGCACAGCAGACGAAGUUGAUAGAUUUUCUGCAAGCCAAAGUUUCGGAAACUGAUAAGAAGAAAAAGAAAUUCUUUGGUGGCAAAGCCAGAACAGAACCUGUUGCACCUCCUCGCUGGACUGAUGCAGAGAAGUGUUUGGAUAAGGAACGCUCAAAAUGUCGUCGCCUGCAAGAGCAACUUGAAAAGGCCAAAGCUGAAGUGAUGACACUCAGGGACCAAUUGGUACGCUCUCAGCAGCAUGCUGCUCCAUCAAGCACUGUGACCCUAGCCCCCGUGCCAACGUCACCGAAGAGCCGCGCGCUUAUGGAGGCACUAACUUACAGUCCAGCAUCAGGCAUGCGCUUACCAGUAAAUAACCAACUGGAUGAGACUGACAGCUCGGAGGCCUCCUUCUCAGAGGUUCCCGCUCAGGCACCCAGCUCUCGGAUGCAGCACAACAUUCCUCAUCGCUUUCAGUUGACGCUCUGCAUGCGUGGCGUCAACUGUGCUGCUUGCCUCGAUUCCGUUCACUUUGGACGAUAUGCGUCAAGAUGCCAAGAAUGCCACGUGGUUUGUCAUCCAAAGUGCUCAACAUCAAUACCCAGUACGUGCGGCGUUCCGGAAGGAUACGUCCGCCACUUUUCAGAUACAGUGGUUGCUUCUGCGGGGCCCAAUGUGAAGUUUGCACCAGGAAUGUUCGACAUAACCUUUGAUACGUCGAAGCCCCAAGGUUGGGUCAAGGUUCCCAGGGCUGGUGGUAAGCAAGGGUGGGAGAGGUGCUUCAUUGCACUGCGCAACGAUACGCUCUUCUUCCUGGACGACGCCUUAAGACCAGAGGACGAGGACGUCUCAAAGCUCCAGCGUGCAGCAUUAGACGUUGUGCCUCUGUGCCCGCAAGACGGCGAAGCGGUUAUUGCGAGUGCAGUUUCCGCUACCGAACUGAUGGGAACUGCAAAGUCCGAUCUGCCUUACGUGCUUAAGGUAGAGCUGAAACCUCGCACAACCUGCUGGCCACACAAGUGCCUUUACAUUAUGGUUCCAACUUUUGCUGAAAAGCAGCUCUGGGUUUCUGUUCUCGAAGAAAGCGCUAGGAAGAGCUCGUCACUGGAAGCACCAAAACACCGCCUCGGCGAUACGGUCGUCACUCUCCAAGGGGACGCUGUCCUGGAUGUGAACUGCACGUGUGAGAUUUCAUUCGAGUACCUUUUGUUGGGAGCAAUGGAAGGACUCUUUGUGAUAGACCUGGUCCGUUCAGCGUUACGGCGGCAAGUGAAGGGUGUUCCAGCCGUAUUUCAAGUUGGCAUCGUUGCACGUCUCAAUGUUCUGCUUACCAUAUGUGGACAGGAGCGCAAGCUUAAACUGGCCGAGCUAGCCGAACUGCAGCCCUGGGUGGAAACUGCGAGCGGCCGUGACCCUGCAGCCUCGCCCCCUACUUGGCGCUCGGUGGACAGUAUGGAGGAAUGCCACUUGUUCGCACAUUCUGAAGAUGCAGAAACUCUCUGUGUUGCCACAGCAAAUUCUGUCUAUAUCCUGACCUGGAACCCAUCGAGCAAGAAUUAUUUCAGGCGGAAGACGCUGAGCACAAAUGAGCCCUGUAGCUGCCUGCACUUCACGCACAACUCUGUCCUUGUGGGUACCGACCUGUUCUACGAGGUGAACCUCGCAGACUACCGCUCCCACGAGUUUCUGGAUGCCGAGGACUCUUCACUGGCGUUUCUCGUUUAUGGUGCCACUCAGCUGAGAAGCUUUCCUGUGUCCAUACUACAAGUGGCGCCUGCUGGAAUGGACCCGGAGUACCUGCUAUGCUUCCAUGAGAUGGGUGUGUUCGUCGAUAGCGAAGGAAGGCGCACACGAGAAAAUGAUCUCAAGUGGACCCGUCUCCCACUUGCCUUCGCAUACAAGGUGCCUUAUUUAUUUGUGGGCCACUUCAACUCUGUGGAAAUUAUCGAAGUGAAGCCCCCGGGGUCAAAGGAAGGCCCGUUCCAUCAGUUUGUUGAAGUGAGCAGCCCACGAUUCCUGGGACUGUCAUCUCUAUCCGGUUGCAUGUACUUGGCAUCAUUGAAAGAUAAGCAGAUGGAAGUUAUCUGUGUAAAUGCCAAGGCAACCGCCACUGGGCAAAGCGAUAAUCAUGAUCAAGCAAACGAAGAUUGUGCCAAUUUUUCAUUCACGUCAUCUCUGGAAGAAAGCCUGGAAGAGUAAACCAUUCAAGUUCAAUAUGUGUGCUCGUGUUUGCCAAAACACUGCCUGGUCCAUUUUAAUCCUGUAUUCAUUUCUGUCACAAUUAUUUGCCUCUCAAAUGGGAACAAGGACCUUUGCAUCCGUGCCCUUUAUAUUUAUUAUACACAAUGCAUUGAAUGUACCUUAUUGCGAAUUAAGAUAAAACACUGUAAAAAAGUCA